GUUCACCGCGCGUGGCCGGAACCAAAAACCUGACCCGGACACCGCGGAAACAGUUUACCGCCGCCGCCACUUCCGUGAAAACACUCCCAUCAGACGUGAACAACAACAACAAAAAACCACGACGAUAAGUUAGAAAGAAGAAACAACAACAUUCGUACGAACGAAUAGCGCGUCAUAUGCGCGUGUGUUCGCAAGAUACGUUUUUAUUAAAAAAAAAAAUUCGGAACCAAAAUCGCUUUACGGCUCGUUGAAAACUGCCGUACCGACCCCCCCUCCCCACCGGAGCGGAAGCACAUGCCUCUCGCCUGGCGUCUCUCUCCACGUGCCUCUCGCCUGGCGUCUCUCUCCACGUGCGUCUCGCCUGGCGCCUCUCUCCACGUGCCUCUCGCCUGGCGCCUCUCUCCACGUGCCUCUCGCCUGGCGUCUCUCUCCACGUGCCUCUCGCCUGGCGCCUCUCUCCACGUGCGUCUCGCCUGGCGCUUCUCUCCACGUGCCACUCGCCUGGCGUCUCUCUCCACGUGCCUCUCGCCUGGCGCCUCUCUCCACGUGCCUCUCGCCUGGCGCCUCUCUCCACGUGCGUGUCGCCUGGCGUCUCUCUCCACGUGCCUCUCGCCUGACGUCUCUCUCCACGUGCCUCUCGCCUGGCGUCUCUCUCCACGUGCGUCUCGCCUGACGCCUCUCUCCACGUGCGUGUCGCCUGGCGCCUCUCUCCACGUGCCUCUCGCCUGGCGCCUCUCUCCACGUGCGUCUCGCCUGGCGAUUCUCUCCACGUGCGUCUCGCCUGGCGCCUCUCUCCACGUGCCCUCGCCUGGCGCCUCUCUCCACGUGCCCUCGCCUGGCGCCUCUCUCCACGUGCGUGUCGCCUGACGCCUCUCUCCACGUGCGUCUCGCCUGGUGAUUCUCUCCACGUGCCCUCGCCUGACGUCUUCUCCACGUGCGUCUCGCCUGGCGCCUCUCUCCACGUGCCUCUCGCCUGGCGCCUCUCUCCACGUGCCUCUCGCCUGGCGCCUCUCUCCACGUGCCUCUCGCCUGGCGCCUCUCUCCACGUGCGUCUCGCCUGGCGCCUCUCUCCACGUGCGUCUCGCCUGGCGCCUCUCUCCACGUGCGUCUCGCCUGGCGUCUCUCUCCACGUGCGUCUCGCCUGGCGUCUCUCUCCACGUGCGUCUCGCCUGGCGCCUCUCUCCACGUGCCUCUCGCCUGGCGUCUCUCUCCACGCGCCGGCCGAAUGGGGGAAGCGGCCACGACGCUUGAAGCCACCGCGACUCGCCUCGAGACUCGCACGGACGAGGAGGCGGACGAGCUGCCCGGGUUCUACUGCGAGAUCCGUAGCGGGAGUCGAACCGCCCACUUGGUGCUGAGGGACGUGCGCACCGAGGGCCCCGUGCUCGUCGAGGCCUCCCGCGUGACCGUGCGCGCCGGCGCCCGCGACCUCCUCGUCACCCUCCCGCCGGGCGUCACCGCCGACCCCGGGGCCACCGGCAGCGUCCGCCGGGUCCCCGAAGACGGCACGCACGUGAGCCUGCGGCUCCACGCGCCGCGGAGCCUCUUCGCCGCAGUCUCGAAUGCCCGACCCGUGGUGCAGCAGAUCCGCGAGCAGCCGACUCCGCGCUUCUCAUGCCAAGCGUGUGGAGCGUCACUGCUGCGACCUGGAGCGCCGUUCCGGCGGGUGCUGCCGCUGCCCUCAUGCCACUGGCAGGCGAUGGUGAGCGAGUGGUGUUGCCACGGCGGGGGCGCCCGCGUGGACUCGCUGGCACGCACCCCGCUGGGCCCCCGUGCAAGCGACUGCCUCGUGGGCGACACGCACCUCGUGCUGCACGCUGGCAGCCUGGGAACGGCGGUUCGGUGGCACCACGACGUCGCUUCGGAAGUCGCAGCGCCGGACUCCGACCGCGGCGCCCGUCCCGCGGCCCCGCCUGAGAGCGGCGACCUCUGCCGCCACCGCCGCGCCGGCGCUUCGCCGGGAACCGCGGUCCCCCAGCGCGGGGCGACCGGCGCGGGGGGCGCCGGAGAGGGAGAGGGGCGGCACGCGGAGGGUCGGAGGUCGCCGUCGCCGCCGCCGCCGCCGCCGCCGCUGGGCAAGGCCAAGGCCGAGUUGCGGUGCGAGCAGUGCGGCCGUGUGCUCGGGGAGGCGCUGGGAGCAGAAGCCGUCAAGUUGUUCCUCACCGAGGUGUGCGUUGGAGGAGUUGAGGAGACGGCGCCGCCACCGCCGCCUCCGCACUCUGCCAACCCGAGGUCGUGGUUCCUGGAGCGGCUGCUGUCCCAGCAGCUGCUGCUCAUCUCCACGACGCUGUGCAGCUACCGCUUCCGCGUCGAGGACCCGCGGGGCGGCACGAGACUGCUGCUGUGGGUGCUCAACAGCGACACGCUGCUGCUGCAGAGGCCCCGUGGCGGCGGCGGCGGUGAGGCCGCGGCGCCGCGUUGCCACCGCGUCCUCAAGCUGCUCUACCGCCACGCGGGAGGAGACUCGGCCACCUCAGCAAGCCGCGAGGACGAGCUGUGGGCGAGGGACGUGAAGGCCCACGACCUGUGCCUGCCCAGCGGUGCGUGCACCGAGCUCUCCGCCGUGCUAAGCGCCAGCUCCCAGCUCGCUCCGCCCUCGCUCCGGGACGUCAACCACUUCCGGGUCGGGCACUUGAGGCUGGCCUAAUGGACGUGAGACCCCCCCCCAAUAUGCAAGCGGCGUCAUCGCUCUCUCUGAAGAGGGACCCCCCCCGCCCCCGCUGGGUUGAAAGGACGUCCACCGAUUAAAAUCCACGGUGGCUCAGAAGUCAGCGUCGCCGAGCCAGCCCCGUUGACAAGCCUGGGUUCGAGUCCCGGGUUUCGGUCAUCCGCGAAUAAACCGGGAGCUGGGGCUGAGUGAGUUGAUGGUCUCAGCCCGGCACACCACAAAUGACUGCAUCAACAACAACACAACAAACACCAUCGCAUUCAAUUUGGUUUUGCAUUGACUUUGUCUACAUUCCAGCUGUUGAGAAGUUAAUUAACUGUCUGGCUGUCACCCGAUGAACCUCGCUGUCACGUGGCAGAACUGGGUUGGGGAAAGUGCUGCCCUCUGCUGCGUGUGGACCAUAAAUCACUUGAAGAAGGCAUCUCGGAGGUAGCUCUGUGACAUCCGCUUCCCCGGGUCGCUCGCGGGUAAUACGAAAGGGUCGCGCUGCUCUGCGGAAUUUCCUAAUGGAUUCUCCGUCUUGUAAUGACGAUGCAACACCGAUAGCGCGAUCUUUAAUAAAACGGGGGGGG